AUGUCCUCCAUAUCAGUCGUGGUGAAACACCAAGGCAAGAAACACGAUGUCGAGAUCGACCCCAGCUCUACUGGCGAGGACUUCAAACUUCAGAUGUUCAGCUUGACCAACGUAGAACCCGAACGCCAAAAGAUCUUGCUCAAAGGUGGUCAACUCAAAGAUGAUGCCGAUAUGAGCAAACUCGGCUUGAAGAACGGCCAGGUCAUUAUGAUGAUGGGUACCCCAAGCGCUGGGGGCGAUGCCCUUGUCCGGCCAAAGGAGGCGAUCAAGUUUGUCGAGGAUAUGACGGAGGCUGAGCAGGCUCAACAAGUUGGUGCGACACCCGCUGGUCUGAUCAACCUUGGCAAUACAUGUUAUCUCAACUCCACCCUCCAGACUCUGCGUCUGAUUCCAGAGCUUCAGGAGGCGCUCGACACGUACCAACCCGAUGGCAACGCCAGCAGCUUUAUGAUGACAGGCACGAACAUGGACUUGGCAUCUCAACUGUCAAACUUGUACAAGAAAAUGGGACAAACCCAGGACUCAUUCCCUCCCAUGAACUUCUUGAACGCUCUGCGAGUGGUGUUUCCCCAGUUUGCUGAGAAGUCCAAGACAGGGCAAGGCUUUGCUCAGCAGGAUGCAGAGGAGGCUUGGUCCCAAAUUGUGCAGCAACUUAACCAGAAGCUCCGCAUCAAGAGCGAAAACACUUCGGAGACCUCCUUCGUGGAGAAGUACAUGUCCGGCGAGUUCAGUUCGGUAAUGGAGUGUGAUGAGGAAGAGGCGCGCAACGCUGGCGAGCAGCCCAUCAUUAACAAGGAGAGCUUCGCCAAGCUCAACUGCCACAUCGACAGCUCAACAAAUCAUCUGCGAGAUGGCAUUGCCGCCGCCCUGAAAGAGAAGCUUGAGAAGCAGUCGGAAGUUCUGGGUCGUGAUGCAGUCUACACCAAGACUUCCAAGAUCUCUCGUGCUCCUAAGUACCUGACAGUGCACUUUGUGCGCUUUUUCUGGAAGCGAGAGACCCAGAAGAAGGCCAAGAUCAUGCGAAAGGUUACUUUCCCCAUGGAGCUUGAUAUUGUUGAGUUCUGCUCCGACGAAUUGAAGGAGGCUCUUAUUCCUGUGCGCGACAAGGUUCGCGAGAUUCGCAAGGAUGAAGAGGAUAUCGAGCGUGCCCGUAAGCGACGUAAGAAGACUCACGAUCAGGACGUCGGCGAUAUCCCAGGCGGUGCUGGUCUCCCCACCGAGAAGGAGAAGAAGGAGGCCGAGAAGAAGGAGGGCAAGUCAGCAGAUGGCGACGUUGUCAUGGGCGAGGAGGGCGAGACAUUCAAGACAGACGCCGACAUCGAGGCCGAGAGAAACGCGUCCAUCCUUGAGGCCAAGAAGGAACUCAACGCUCUCAUCAACCCCGAGCUGCGAAAUGACGAUGGUGCCAAUCAGUCUGGCCUGUACGAGCUCCGAGGUGUCGUGACACAUCAAGGUGCCAGCGCCGACAGUGGCCACUACACCUCAUAUGUCAAGAAAGCUGCGCCCGUUGAUCCCAAGACUGGCAAGAAGGGUGAGGAGGACGGCAAGUGGUGGUGGUUCAACGACGACAAGGUUUCAGAGGUUGAAGCUGAGAAGAUUGCGACUCUCGCCGGUGGUGGUGAGUCUCAUUCUGCUCUCAUCCUCUUGUACCGAGCCAUUCCUCUGCCCACUGCCGAGGGUGUCCUGGAGUAA